AUGUCAGAGGUUGCGAAGGUGAAGGAGGCGGUUAAGGAGUCACUGCUCGGCACCGAGACCCCGACAGGCGUGCAGCUUUCUGCGCAGUCCAAGGCUGUAUUUGAGCAUCAUGCGAGAAAGGAUGAAGAGUCAGGAGAGCUCGUUAUGGGGGAGGAGGAGUUCAUCAAUGCCGUUGCGCCGCCGGGCGAGGAUUACCACAAAAUCAAACGCGAACAAUAUGCGAUCCUCUUCAGAGUGGCUGACUGGAGGAAUUCUGGCAAGAUAAGCAUGUUUGAUUGGGGUACCUUCGAGAACCUCCUUACCAGACCGGACGCCGAGUACGAGAUUGCGUUCCGAUUAUUUGACGUCGACCGGACCGGAGCGGUCAAAUAUGAACAUUUGAAGCAGCUCUACGAGAUGAACAAGGGCCCGGACAGCCUGCCUUUCGACUGGAAUUGCGAAUGGGCGAAAUUGUACAGUGGGGGCAAGAAGCGACGGCACGAUUUGACAUAUCCACAAUUCUCGCAAAUGCUGAGAGGUCUUCAAGGGGAGAGGAUACGACAAGCCUUCCACCAUUUUGACAAGGAUGGUGAUGGAUUUAUCGAGCCAGAAGACUUCCAGCACAUUAUUCUUCAGACGGCGAGACAUAAGCUUUCCGAUCACAUGUUGGAGAACUUACCUACCCUCUGCAACAUCUCAGUAGGCACCAAGAUCUCGUAUGCCAAUGUUCGCGCGUUCCAGAACAUGAUCAGGGAGAUGGACCUGGUGGAGAUGAUUAUUCGACAAGCUACCGCGAAUAGCUCAGAUGGCAAGAUUACCAGGACGGAUUUCCUCAACGAGGCGGCGCGCAUUACUCGGUUUUCACUAUUCACCCCUAUGGAAGCCGACAUCCUCUUCCACUUUGCCAGCUUUGAUGACCCAUCGGGGCGUCUAGGUCUCGGUGAUUUCGCCAAGGUCCUCGACCCUUCGUGGCGGAGUCCCUUAUACAAUGCUUUCGGUGAGGCAGCUGGCGCAGGAAUCCAUAAGGCAAAGUCUGCGGGACAAAAUAUUUUGCACUCUGUCCUUGAAUCCGUGCACCAUUUUGCACUCGGCUCUCUCGCCGGUGCUUUCGGAGCUUUCAUGGUCUAUCCCAUUGAUCUGGUCAAGACGCGGAUGCAAAACCAACGGUCGUCUCGCGUUGGUGAAAUGCUGUAUAAGAAUUCCUUGGAUUGCGCCAAGAAGGUUAUUAAGAACGAAGGCUUCAAAGGCUUGUACUCGGGAGUGUUGCCACAACUUGUUGGUGUCGCCCCAGAAAAGGCUAUCAAGUUAACGGUAAACGACCUUGUACGAAACCACUUCUCCGACAAUGGUAAAAUCUGGAUCCCCCAUGAGAUUCUGGCCGGUGGUACGGCAGGUGCUUGUCAAGUUAUCUUCACCAACCCGUUAGAAAUCGUCAAAAUUCGCUUGCAAGUGCAAGGAGAAGUUGCCAAGAGCGUUGAAGGCGCCCCUCGCCGAUCCGCAAUGUGGAUCGUGCGUAACUUGGGUCUCGUAGGCCUGUACAAAGGCGCCUCGGCAUGCCUUCUUCGCGACGUUCCUUUCUCCGCCAUCUACUUCCCCACCUACAAUCAUUUAAAGCGUGAUUACUUCGGCGAGAGCCAAACCAAAUCCCUAGGCGUCCUGCAACUCCUCACAGCAGGUGCCAUAGCAGGUAUGCCCGCAGCAUACCUAACCACGCCCUGCGAUGUCAUCAAAACCCGUCUGCAGGUCGAAGCUCGCAAGGGCGAAAGCUCAUACACAUCUCUUCGGCAUUGCGCUAAGACUAUCUUAAAAGAAGAGGGCUUCAAGGCCUUCUUCAAGGGUGGCCCAGCUCGUAUUCUCCGCUCAUCCCCACAAUUUGGUUUUACACUUGCUGCCUAUGAGGUUCUGCAAAAUCUGUUGCCAAUGCCGGGGAGUGCAAAGGCCGAGCAGAUCGAGAUGGCGCAUCAGGGCGUUGGUGCCCUCUCCGAGAAGUUACACGGGCAAGCGGGACCUCUUAGCUAUUUGCGGAGUCGGAAUGCGUUGAAGAUUAUUCUGGAUUUGGACGAGGAGUUUGGGAGGGUGAAGAUGCCUGGUGGACGAGCAGGAUGGGCUACGUUGCCUAAGUUUGUGGGUGGGACGAAGUGA